UUACGCAUGGAGACUCAUACAAACAAUGAGAUCGAUUACUAGUAAUUUUGGAAAGGACUCCAAUACCGGAACUAGGCAGGCAGUAGACGAGAAUGGAAGGUGGGGUGGCAGAGGAAGGAGUUAGCAGCCCCUUCUCGAAUUACCCACUGGGAGGGCGCCCCGUUGGCGGGUAGGCGCUAGCUAGGCCUGCCACGCGUUGGAUCCCACGCCAGUGUUGGCUGGCUGGGACGCCGCGGACUCAGCUCCAGCGUUCGCGCUGGAGCCCAGACCUGCGUGGCAGCUGCAGGAGCCGGGACGGCCCCUGGGGAGCGGCCACGUGAGCGCCCGCCCUGCCGCAGCCCCGCCCCCGCCGCCGGCUCCAGCCCAGCCCAGCUCUGCUCCGUUCCGUCCCGGACCCAACGCCUGCACGCCCUGCGCUGCCGCUGCUCCAGCUCGCUGACGGGCUCCAGCUCUCGCGCCCCUGGCACGCGCCCCAACGCCCCGGGAUCGUUCCAGCGGCCCCGCGCGCCCCCCGCGCUCUGCUUGCCGCUCCCCGGCACCCUCGGGGGGCCCGCCCGCUCUGCACCCUGGAGCACCGGGCCGCGAGCCUCUGCCAACUUCUCUGGAUCCUCGCGGCCGUGGGCGGCGGCUGCAACGCUUGUCCGCCCGAGGGAGGACCCUCGCCGCCGCAUUUGCCCGGUAACUCUGGCUGUGUCGCCCACCCCUUGGGUAAACCGAGCGCCCCAGGAGCAUGGCGGACGAAGACCUCAUCUUCCGCCUGGAAGGCAUUGACGGCAGCCAGACCCCCCGGGCUGGCCACGACCGGGAAUCUGACGCAGACAGCGACGAGGAGGAUGGUUACUUCAUCUGUUCCAUCACCGAUGACCCCAGGUCACACCAGAGCGUCAAUUCCAAGGUUGAUAACUACUACAGCGACCUUAGGAAGGGUGAACAGUACGGCUCCAGCGGGUCUCCAGCCAGUUCCUUCCAUUUUAAGGAAGCCUGGAAGCAUGCGAUUGAGAAGGCCAAGCACAUGCCCGACCCCUGGGCUGAGUUCCACCUAGAGGACGUUGCCACAGAAUGUGCCACCCGUCACAGGUACAAUGCUGUCACUGGAGAGUGGCUGGAAGAUGAAGUUCUGAUCAAGGUGGCAUCUCAGCCCUUCGGCCGUGGAGCCAUGAGGGAGUGCUUCCGCACGAAGAAGCUCUCCAACUUCCUACACACCCAGCAGUGGAAGGGGGCCUCCAACUAUGUGGCAAAGCGCUACAUUGAGUCUGUGGACAGGGAUGUGUACUUUGAAGACGUGCGUCUGCAAAUGGAGGCCAAGCUCUGGGGAGAGGAGUAUAAUCGGCACAAGCCCCCCAAGCAGGUGGACAUCAUGCAGAUGUGCGUCGUGGAGCUGAAGGAGAGGCCUGGCCAGCCCCUCUUCCACCUGGAGCACUAUAUUGAGGGCAAGUACAUCAAGUACAACUCCAACUCAGGUUUUGUCCGUGAUGACAACAUGCGCCUGACACCACAGGCCUUCAGCCACUUCACAUUUGAGCGUUCCGGCCAUCAGCUGAUUGUGGUGGACAUCCAGGGUGUGGGCGACCUCUACACCGACCCACAGAUCCACACUGAGAAGGGCACGGACUUUGGAGAUGGCAACCUGGGUGUCCGGGGGAUGGCUCUCUUCUUCUAUUCUCAUGCCUGCAACCGGAUUUGCAAGAGCAUGGGCCUCGCUCCCUUCGACCUCUCGCCAAGAGAAAGGGAUGCAGUGAAUCAGAACACCAAGCUGCUGCAAUCAGCCAAGACCAUCUUGAGGGGGACAGAGGAAAAGUGUGGGAGCCCCCGAGUAAGGACCUUUUCUGGGAGCCGGCCCCCCCUGCUCCUACGCCUUUCAGAGAACUCUGGAGACGAGAACAUGAGCGACGUGACCUCUGACUCUCUCCCCUCCUCCCCAUCUUCAGCCACACCACACAGCCAGAAACUGGACCAACUCUACUGGCCCGUGUUCAGCGACGAUAACAUGACACCCCAAGACCAUGACCAUCUGGACAACCAUCGGGACUCUGAGAACAGUGGGGACAGCGGAUACCCCAGUGAGAAGAGGGGUGAGCUGGAUGAUCCAGAGCUCCGAGAACACGGCCACUCAAACGGCAGCCGGAGGUACGAGUCGGACGAGGACAGCCUGGGCAGCUCUGGACGGGUCUGCGUGGAGAAAUGGAAUCUCUUCAACUCAGCACGCCUCCACCUGCCCAGGCCUUCUGCCGUGGCCUUGGAAGUGCAAAGGCUUAAUGCUCUGGACCUUGAAAAGAAAAUCGGGAAGUCCAUUUUGGGGAAGGUCCAUCUGGCCAUAGUGCGCUACCACGAGGGCGGGCGCUUCUGCAAGAAGGAUGAGGAGUGGGACUGCGAGUCAGCCGUCUUCCAUCUGGAGCACGCGGCCGACCUGGGCGAGCUGGAGGCCAUCGUGGGCCUGGGACUCAUGUACUCACAGCUGCCCCACCACAUCCUGGCCGAUGUCUCUCUGCAGGACACAGAAGAGAAUAAGACCAAAGGGUUUGAUUACUUACUGAAGGCAGCUGAAGCUGGUGACAGACAGUCCAUGAUCCUGGUGGCCCGAGCUUUUGACACUGGCCAGAACCUCAGCCCAGACAGGUCCCGAAACUGGCCAGAGGCUCUGCACUGGUACAACACUGCCCUGGAGACAACAGACUGUGAUGAGGGCGGUGAGUAUGACGGGAUGCAGGAUGAGCCCCGGUACACGCUGCUGGCCAGGGAGGCCGACAUGCUGUUCACAGGCGGCUGCGGGCUGGAGAAGGACCCGCAGAGAUCAGGCGACCUGUACACCCAGGCGGCUGAGGCAGCGAUGGAAGCUAUGAAGGGCCGACUGGCCAACCAGUACUACCAGCAGGCGGAGGAGGCCUGGGCCCAGAUGGAGGAGUGACUGGCUGGGGAAGUCCUGCCGACCAGUCCCAGGAAGAGACAACCGAGGCUGACUUAGGGUUUUUUGGGAGGGAAGGGGCAAUAUUUUUAGUGUGUUGUAAAUCAACUUUUGUAUUUCAUUUUUGACUCUUGAAAAUGUCUUUGCUUCCAGCAGAGAUGCUAUAGCUGCCCCCUAGGGCAGCCUUUUAGGGGAGUGGGGAUUGAAAAAGCAGCCUAAUGAACCAACAUAUUAUUUUGAGGUUUUGUUUUGUUUUGUUUUUGUCAUGAGAUUUAAGAAAGUACUUUUCUGCCUUGGAUAGAAAAUAUUAGGGUUUUGCUCACCAGCCUUUUCAGGCUGUGUUUUCUGAGUUGGAAUGGGGAACAUAGAGGUGCGCAUUGAGUUUCCAUGUAGUAUGUGUUCUCACUACUUAGUGCAAAGCCUUCUUUCUCAGAGCGUUUGGGAGCGUGCAUGAUAAUCGUUUCCUGGAUGUGAGAUUGUACAAUGCAGUAGGCCCUGUUCUGCCAGCAGGGGGGCCUGCCCAGGGAUUUUCUUCUUAAUCUUUUAACUUCCUUCCCAAAAUGCAAUAGAUUUUCUGGAAUACAGCCAAAUCCUGUUUUUAAGAAUGCUUUCUACAGUGUGCUUGCAAAACAGGUUUGGGUUUUGUAUACACACAUGUAAUACCUCUAACUCUUCCAUCAGCGCAUGUGGAAAUGGGUGUGCCUUGAAAUUCUUACAUAUAAGAACAGUGGCUUGGACUGUUGGAGCUUUCCUCCAAGUGGACACAUACUCUGCAUCUCAGUGGCAGCAUCCACAAUGUGACUGACGUGCCCCCUUGUACAGUAUUCCUCCAUGUUUUCUGGGUAUCUGAGGCUGUGAUGUAGAAUCUGCCCCCAAGCGCCUGGCCUGGGCAUUCACUGCUUGAAGCUAGGCUGAUUUUCUUGUCAUAUGCAGUACAUGCUUUUAGCAGCAGCCCCUGGAGAUUUAUCUAAAUGUUUGAGAAUGAGAGGGCAGGAACUGUAAACACUCAUUCAUUCUUGUUGUCUCCCCAGGGCUGUGGCUAUCUGCAUUUAAUGAGCUUUUCCCUGAAAAGAAAUUGAGAUUUAAUAUCCAUAUAAUUUCAGUGGUGUUUCAAAUAGCAAAGAAAACAGACUGCUUUGAGCAACCCCAAGCUUUUUCUUCAAAAAUCAAAACUCAAAAAAGAAGUAGGGUGUAGCUCACAAACCAUUCUUAGCUAUUCAUUCAACAGGUCCUUCAGCACUUUAGUGUUGAGAGUUGCGGGGGGCAUGAAUUUUGGCAAGUGUGAGGUUCCAAAGUUCAGAGUGUGCCCUGUGGGGAAAGCAGGAUUUGAAAAUUACCCUGGAAAAAUCCCUUAGAACACCUGUAAAUGACAGUAUCCUUUUUUUUGUAUAUGAACUCAUCACAGUCAGUUUCCCUUAGAAAUUGGAUCUGAUCACUUUUUUAAAAUCUGCACCACAUCAGGUAAUUGGCUUGAGUUAAUGUUUUUUGUUUGUGUUUUAGGCUGGUGCAUAUAGUUGAAUAGCACAUAUUAAAUGUAAGUUAGAAGCAACUUUAUUGUGACUUACCUCUUCAAAGGAAUCAAGCCUCAUAUAAUUCAUGCUGUUUUGUUUUUAAUUCCUUUCUCUCUGAGACUUUAUUAUACAAAUAAUUUAUGUUCCCUGACCACCUGUCUCAUUUCUUUUCUCUAACAGAGAUCAGCACCAUUUUUGUAAAGGGCCAGAUAAUAAAUAUUUCAGGCUUCACCAGCCGUAUAGUCUCUGUUGCAACUACUAGCCUUGCUGCUGUAGUGCAGAAACACCCGAGAACAAUACCUAAAUGAGUAUACAUGGCUGUUCCAAUAAAACUUUAUUUACAGAAGCAGCCUACCUGGGCUGUUGUUAGCUGACCCUUGCUCUAUCCCUUGACUGAAAGCUACUAUACUGGGCUCUGAGGGCCAGAGCUAUAUCAGGUUUUCAGCCUCCAGUGCUCAAAACCACAGUGCCUUGGCACAGAAUAGGCACUCAGUAAGUGAACAAAUGGAGAGCCGGCAUAGUCACAGCGCUCUGUCCUCGUGGCUCUGGUUCCUCCAAAACCAGUUAAUGAUUUGUUGCCUGGUUUGACUUGAACCAUCACCCCCACAAUUCCACCCACCCACCUACAUGGCCUUAACUCAGCUGGCCUUCUCUCUCCUUGAGAGGACUGUGAUGGCUUAGGUGUGUAGCUAAGCAAAUGCUUCUUUCAGGACCAGAGUAGAAUAACCUGCAAGAUGUCAUGAUCCUUCUGAGCCACCAGAGGAACGUAUUCCACCUUCAAAACCUAGUUUUGUGCCCUCCGAAACUGGUUAGGGCAUCUCCGUUUUGUACAAAUACUGGUAUGCAAACAAAACAAAACAAUAACAAUAAGAAAAAACACCCCAGGAUGCCCCAGUCCAAUUGGCAAGACACCAGAGUGUCUUCAAGUGCAUGCAGCAGGUGAAGGUCCAGGAGAUGAGCAGAGUCAGGGUUAUAGUCCAUACCUUCCAUCAUAGCUGGAGGAACCAAGGUUCUGAAAGGCAGACUGUCACAGUGACACUGCUGGUUAGUGACGAAGCUGGAGCCAGGCUGACAGCUGCUGCUGCUGAGAAGAUCUGGGAAUAGGAUUCAAAGUUAAACUGGAGUGUAAUGUCCCUUUCAGGUUUGCUAUAGGGGGAAAAAAAAGGCAGGUUUUAUGAAUGUAAAAAGGAAAAAAAAAAACCAACUCCCUUGUGUCUGAAUGUCCCUGUUCCCUCCUCUUCACCUGAGGCUAUGGGAAUUCAUCAAAUGCAACCUUGGUGAACCAAGCCAGGUUAACUACCCUUGUUGCUAACUCAGUGACUUCAUUUCCUUUCAUCCCAACACAUUUGUCUGCAGUAUUAGACAUGUUUUACAAAUCAGUGAAUGUUUACACAAGUAUAUGCAGCUCGUGUGGGGGAAGGAGACAAUAUAUGCAUAUUCUCUGCAUGGAUUUCUGCCAGCUACUCUUGUUUCUAGUCUCUGAGGUAACCAGUUAACCUAGACAAGGUGGGACCCAGAGAAAUGUUUUGCAUUAUAGAUUUAUUUUUGUAUAUGUACUGAGUUCUAUUUCCUCAGUCCAAAUUAAGUGGUUUCUGUCUUUCUGCUCUGAAAUUCAAAUAUCUCCUGGUAAAUAAAUGAAGUAGCUGGCUGGAGGCAGAGGUGAACUGGAGGGCUCAGACCCCAUCGGGAAGAGGCAGCCAUGAUUCAGCUCCCAAUGAUUGUUGCCAGGGGAAGUGUGGGCCCAAUGUUGCCUCAUUUUCCAAUUUUUCAAGAGCUGCUAAAGAUUAGAUUUGUUAAUACAAAGUCUCUUGAUUUUCCUAAUAAAUUCUGAUUUUAAGAAAGCCA